CCCCAUCUUCUUUCAUUGCCAUCACCCACAGCCACUCCUCAAACAUCAAACAUCAUCAUCGCUUCUCCUUAUUAUUCCUUGCAACUCGCACCCAGCUAGUGAUCUCUAACCAGGCCUCUCUGUUGGUUACUUGUUGCUUUGCCUGAGCUAGAAGCUAGCUAAAGUGCUUGUCCUCCUCUUCUGCUAAUUUGCUUAUAUGUCAAGUCCUUUGAGCAAGUCCCUUCGCCUAUCAAACAUUAUUGACGAAGAGACCAAGAUCAUGGAAAUCAAGCAAGGCAUCGUUUCCAUACUCGGCUCAGACGAUUUUGAACAAAGAACAAGAGCCUCUUCUCUGCGAAGAACUCUCUCCGCAGACAUGUCCUCCAGGAAAUGGCUUGCUCAAAACGGGUUCUCCCCCAUGAAAAAGAUCGCAUCCUCUGAAGAACUUUGCUUCUCCUUAGCAGAUUCAUCAUCAUCAUCUUCCUCUUCAGAAGGAGAAGAAGACUAUGAAGAAAGGAAGGAGAGAGGUGGACAUCCUGAUAUUUGGAGCUUGAUUAAAAAAGAAAAGAAGCAGCCAGAUCAACUCGAGAAGCAGACUGGAGAAUUCGAUAUAUGGAGCUCAAUUAUUCAAAAGACCAACGAGGAUGCUUCAAAAACACUCCCACCUCCUUAUAUUCACCCUCUUGUGAAGAGGUCAGCUAGCUCUUUGAGUGAAAAGAGUCUUCAAAUUUGUACUGAGAGUCUUGGAUCCGAGACUGGCUCUGAUGGCUUCUCAUCAUACUCUUCAUCGGAGGCCGGUGACUCGGAAGAAGACAAGGAAGAAGAACAAGAGGAAGAGCAGCUGCAACAACCACAACAACAAGAAUUGCAAGAAGAGAAGGUGCCUGAAGCCUUUGAUCAGAAGGAUGAGCUGGAAAGUUUCAGAGUGGCAAAGUACCACUAUGCCACUACUAAGAAAUCAAAGUCAGUAUCAUUCCCUCCACCUCUUCCUUCUCUUGCUCGUCAAGAUGGGGCUUCACUUCGCAUGGAGUCUCGUCGCGACAAUGGAAGAUUAGUCCUCGAAGCCGUGUCCAUCCCUUCACAGAACCGGUUUCGUGCUCAAAGGCAAGAUGGCCGCCUUGUCCUCACUUUUGCCAAUACUACUCCCUCAGAAGAAGAGCACCACCAAGAAGCAGAGAAAAGUGAGGCAGAUCAGUUUGAAGAACUCGAGGACUUUGAGGAAGAUGAAAAUCCUGAAGAAGAAGAAGAAGAGUUUGAGGAAGAAGAGGAUGAAGAGGGAAUUGAUAAUGAAAACAAUUCUAGUGGAGCCAAAGAAAUAGAAAUAGUUACGGCUCAGACGCAAGGGCCAGAGUUGUCUAGUAGAUUCAUAAAUGCGCACAGGUUAGCUCCUUCAAUGAUGAAUAGGCCAAUUGGAAUAGCAAAUAGGAAUCAAGCAUGGUCACACAACAUCAAUGAAGUUGUUGAUUUUGAGGAGGAUAUGGAUGUGAAGAAAGUGAUGGCAACCCAAGUAGCAAUGUCUCUUCCAUCUCGACACCGUGUGUCUCGACUCAUACAGUCCCCAAAAGCUGUGUCAUCCACAGCUUCAGCAGCCCCUUUCAAUGCUUAUGAGUACUAUUGGCGAACCAAGCCUUCGGCAAAGGACAUAUCCUUCAAAAACCAUAGCAACAAGUUCACUAUCUCAAAGGACAUAGUACCAAAUCAUGAGCAACAACAAUUUCUUGCUGUAAAAGGAGAUUGCUUGGUCCCUUUGUCAAAGAGUUGCAAGGACUCUAGAAAGUCUUUACUGCUCUGGGAGAACUAUUGCAUUGCCACCUCUUGAUUCCAGCCAAUUCAUCCUCUUAAUUAAGUCUUACCCUCUCAGUGUUAAAUGUUAAUCCAAAUCCAUUAUUACUACUACUAAUUACCAGAAAUUAUUGUAACC